AUGGAAUCGGAAGCAAUUCCUCGUUCCUUGUAUGCAUUCUCCGAAGUGACUCUUUCCACACCUUGGGCAGGUAGUAGCAGCAGCGGGAGCCGCACCCUUUCGGCUUCCUCUGAUCCGGUUCCGCCCGGGUCCGACCCGAAGCCGGCGGAUGAGGAUACGACACAGGAGGAGGAGGAGCAGCCGAGUGAGGAGGAGCCGACGACUGAGGAGGAGCCGACUGAGGGGGAUUCGUGCCCAGGCUAUUUUUCUUGCCUCGUGUGCAACGAAACUUUCGAGAAUAGACAUAAUCUAACGAACCAUGAAAUAAGCCGCCACGGUGAGGAUGAGGAUGAGGAUGAGGAUGAGGACGAGGACGAGGACGAGGACGAGUACGAGUACGAGGAGGAGGAGGAGGAGGAGGAGGAGGAGGAGGAGGAGGAUGGGGAUGAUCAUUGA